UUGACAGCCCUAAAAAAAAUAUACAUAUUUGAUGUCGACUAACCUGGUAAACUUUAGUGAAUCCAGAGAUCAUUUCAUCUUCAAUGCACUUGCUGUGUCAACCAUGACUUUGCUGACAAGGCUUUGUCUCCAGUCAGAUUGGUAAAAAAACAACAACAUGCUGUUUCUCUAUAAAAAUGCAUAAAAUUAGCCAUAAUUAGCCUCAAGAAGAGCUCCCUAAAGCUUUGUGAACAAUAAGCUCAGAAAACUUAGGAUAGUAGCCUACUAUGAAGAAUCCGAAUGUGAGAAAUGUGCAAGAUCCAAAGUUUACCACAAUGAUAACUCUACCCCCCAUUCAAAAUUAAACCAACUGAAACUCCAAAACAACAGAAUAUUAAACCAAGUACCAGCCCUUUUUUCAUAUUAAGCUGUGCACAAAAACCUUCAAAGAUGUAUCUGUUUUUUUUUUCUGAUAAGUGUUGUUCGAUAGUUGUUCUCAUUUACCAAGAAAAAACCCCAGUAUGCAUCAGUUAAGAGCAUGCUUAAAAUAUGAAAUAUGUAAUCUGGGUUCAAAAACCAGAUUUGUGUGAAAUCUAUAUUUAUUUUGUGGUUAAAUUUAACCAAACGUGUAGGCCUGGUUGACAGGUUUUGUGAUUUUCACCCUGGCUAUCCACCUAAUUUUUCAGGUAAGAGCCUCUUUUACACACUGUCUAUAUGGUAAGAGCAUGUAAGAGCAAAUGCAGCCAUUUAUAUUUGUGUUUGGCUUCCGUUGUUCCAUUUACUUCCAGUUAAUUUUAGCUGUACAAAAGCUCGUCAUAUACUCAUAGUUAUACUGCUUGAUAUUGUAAACCGGUAAGUUAUUUCUUAUCACAAUAUUAUUUUAAUGUAUUAUCUCAAUUAAACAUGUUAUUUCCCUACUAAAUAAAUACUAAAUAAACUUCCCGACUAAAUAAAUAGGAAGUCUCGCACACGUUUCGCGUUUUUCAAAUGUAUUUUGGCCCAUUGGAAUUUCCGUAGUCAUCAUUUCAUUGGCGGGUCAGACUCACGUUUCAUUGGUCGCACAGCCAUACUCUAUCAUGAGGUUUAUGAAUAUGAAUCUGGUUACGGUACAAAUAAGAAUAUAUUAAUGUAAUAAAUAAGUUUCUCUAUACGGUUGAAAGGAAUUUAAAAGAAGAGCUGGAUUGCGGAGUUUAUCGUUUGUCGUCGUUUAUCUACUAAGGGUUCAACGAUGCCUGCUUUUCGCCAGGUCGGGGAGAAACAGCUCCCCAACCCUAUUCUGUACAUGGCCUGGUCUCCUAAGAGAGAUCUUAUAGCCCUGGCUAACACUGCAGGAGAGCUUCUCUUGCAUCGGCUUGCCAACUUUCAGCGGGUGUGGAGUUUACCACCCAAUGAGAACACCGGAAAAGAGAUCACAUCACUGGCCUGGAGACCUGAUGGGAAAAUCCUGGCAUUCAGUGUGGGAGACACAAAGCAGGUGGUUCUAUGUGAUGCAGAGAAGGCAGAAAUCCUCCACCUGUUCCCUGUGGAUUACCCAGUGUCCUGCAUGCACUGGAUGGAGAUGCAGGAUGACAGCAGCACAUUGUCCUUAUUCAGCGAGUCUGAAGAUGAGUCCAGUCGUUUCCUUCCAAAGUUGCCCACUUUACCUAAGAGCUACAGCACCACAUCCAAGAUAUUUAGUGAAGAGAAAUCAGAUGAAGUCACAAACCUUUUGGGGGAAGUGAGACUUAAUGUCUUGGUGGUGGGAGGGCCGUCUGGAUUUGUCGAGCUUUAUGCGUAUGGCUUGUAUAAGAUCGCCACGCUGAGUGGAAUCUCAGGGACAUGCCGUAGUCUUGGACUGUCUAGUGACCUCAAGUCCCUCUCUGUUAUUACAGAGAUAAGAUCUACAGAAGACAAUCCUGAGAUACAUUACAUACAGCUGGACACUGGGCUGCUGUCUUCCUGUCUGCCUGAGUUGACCAAGAUGGCACGCAAGUUUACGCACAUUUCCACACUGCUACAGUAUUUGCGUCUCUCUCUCACCUGUAUGUGUGAAGCAUGGGAGGACAUUCUUAUGCAGAUGGAUCUCCGACUGACUAAGUUUGUCCAGGAAAAGAACACAAGCACUCAGGUUCAGGAUGAGUUUCUGGAGCUACUGUUAUGGGGACAUGCAAGCCCUGAACUUCAGGCUCUUCUCAUGAAUCAACUCACUGUCAAGGGCCUAAAGAUGUUGGGUCAGUCCAUUGAUUCCUCAUAUUCCUGCAUCCAGAAACUUGUUAUCAGUCACUUGCAGAGUGGCUCUGAGGCGCUGCUGUAUCAUCUGAGCGAGGUCAAAGGAAUGGCGCUCUGGAAGCAGAAGUUUCAACCUCUCGGCCUGGAUCCUGCAGCCAUUGAGGAUGCCAUCGUAGCUGUGGGAUCUUUUACCCUGAAGGCUAGUGAGCUUUUACAAGUCAUUGAUAAGAGUAUGAAGAACUUCAAAGCCUUUUUCAGAUGGCUGUAUGUUGCAAUGCUUCGAAUGUCCGAAGAUCAUGUUCCUCCUGAGCUUAACAAGAUGACUCAAAAGGAUCUGGCUUUUGUGGCUGACUUCCUGUCCGAGCAUUUUAGUGCUAACGAGGAGCUGUUUGAUCGGAAAGGGAAGUAUUUCAACGUUGAGCGUGUCGGACAGUACUUGAAGGAUGAAGAUGAAGACUUGAUCUCUCCACCCAACAUGGAGGGCAACCAGUGGGUGACAUUUGUAAAGCAGAGCACUCAUCUAAAAGACAGUCCGCUGCUCUUCCCCACUUACCCACAGAAGUCUUUGCAUUUUGUCAAGAGAAUGAUGGAGGGGUUCAUUGAUCUGUGCUUACAGAAACCAGCCGAGGUCAUUGGUCAUUCAGUAAAACAAGCUGUGUGUUUGCGGUUGUACACUGUUCCUGAGAGCUCAGAAAAUACACCAAGGCUGUUUGAGCUGCCUUCACUGUGGAAUAAUAAGAAGGCUGGUAUGCAUUACGUAGUGUUCUGCAUGCCAGAGAUCUCACCCUCUAAAAUCUAUAUUCUGAGGAGAGCAACAGACCCCAACAGGUCUGUCCCUAAUGGUCUGGUGGCCCUGAACCUCAGCGCUCCUCUCAAUUCUAGUAUAGAAGAUGAAACGCCUGCACCAACUUCUACUGACUGCUCAUACAGUUGCCUUGAUGCCCGCUUCUAUGAUGACGAGACAUUGACCGUGGUAUUGCAAAGUGUGGAAGAUGACGAGAAUAAGAUGCGCAUCCUUACUCAGCUUCCUCUAAACUCUGCUAUGAGUUGGGAUGAAGAGUUCACUUGGGACCUUACCCUCAGGCUGGAGCAGCAGACUGAGGGGAUCCCAGUACAGGGUCUGACCUGGGGAAACCAGAGCAGAGAGAUGGACAACAUCAAGGCUCAGUUUGUGGCAGUUAAUGGGAUCCGCAAAGUAGCCUGCGUGCUUAGUGCCAAUCUGAGACACAUACGUGUGUUUGAAAUGGAUGCAGAGGAGGAAGAGGAGGAGGAAGAGCGUGCUGAUGAGUCACAGGAAAUGAGCUCGGACCAGGACAGGCUUGAGGAAUCAAUGACUACUCAGAGUGACAUCGGGGAAGGUGGAGAUGGAGCAAGAGGGGUUGAGGAUGCUCAGGUGACAGAUCAAGGGUCAGGAGACAUUUUGGAUGACACUCCAGGGUCAGAAAUACUUUGAACUCUUUUUGCCCUGAGAUCAAACACGUACUCCACAAAUGAACUAUGGACUCCUCUACUAUUCCUGGUCCUGUUCUUUAUGUAUUUUAAAGUAUUUUGUGACAAAGAUGAGCUGAUGAACAUUUCACGUUCUCAUUUGUAAAUAAAUAGAUUUACUGUUAAAAA